CUUUGUGACCGGUCGGUAAAACUCGAGAAAGCUUCGAAUCUGGAGUUUGGAGCUGAAACUCAAUGACAGCGGGACUUAAACAACUGGAAGGAAGAAUGAGAAUCACCCAGGUGAGCUGAUCCCAGCGUGCACCAGCACCGGCUGAUAGGCUCCCGGGCGAAGAUGGAGGUUUCCUGCUGGACUGUGGCGCUGGUGAUCCUCCAGCUGUGGUUCUGCGCGAUGUUGGGGCUCAUCGUGUUACCCGCCAUGUUCGGGAUCUCGCUGGGUUUCACCAGCCUUUACAUCAAAGCGCUGGUCAAAACAAUCGAGUGGGCCACCCGGAGGAUCCAGAGAGGGCAGAAGGAGCAGCCUGAGAUUCCGGCUCAUCUACCCAACGGGAUCAUCCAGAAGGACGACGGCUCUAUGCAGGAGGAGAUCGGGGAGCUGCGCCGGUCCCAGCCGAAACUCUCCGGGGGAGACUUCACCCUCUGCGAUGUGUUUUAUUUCUGUAAGAAGGGGAUCGAGAGCAUCAUGGAGGACCAGGUGACCCAGAGCUUCUCGUCCGAGGAACUGGCCUCCUGGAACCUUCUGACUCGCACCAACAACAACUUUUGCUACAUCAGCGUACGGGUUACCAUAAUCUGGGGUCUGGGGGUGUUCGUCCGCUACUGCGUCCUCCUGCCGCUCAGGGUCACUCUUGCUGCUAUAGGACUGAGCUGGUUGGUGAUUGGCACCUCACUUGUGGGUCUGUUACCCAGCAGCAGUGUGAAGAACUGGAUCAGUGAUCUGGUACACUUGACCUGCUACAGGAUCUGCGCUCGAGGUUUAUCAGCCAACAUCCGCUACCAUAACAAGGAGAACCGCCCGAAAAAAGGAGGAAUCUGUGUAGCCAAUCACACGUCCCCCAUCGACGUCGUCAUCUUAGCUAACGACGGCUGUUACGCCAUGGUGGGUCAGGUUCACGGGGGCAUGAUGGGGGUCAUCCAGCGGGCGAUGGUGAGGUCCUGCCCGCACGUCUGGUUCGAGAGGUCGGAGAUGAAGGACCGCCACGCCGUGGCCAGAAGGCUCAGAGAUCACGCCGCCGACAAGACCAAGCUGCCCAUUCUCAUCUUUCCUGAAGGAACGUGCAUCAACAACACCUCGGUCAUGAUGUUCAAAAAGGGAAGCUUCGAGAUCGGAGGAACCAUCUACCCAGUAGCAAUCAAGUACGACCCUCAGUUUGGAGACGCUUUCUGGAACAGCGCGAAGUACAACAUGGUGAGCUACCUGCUCCGGAUGAUGACCAGCUGGGCCAUAGUGUGUAACGUCUGGUACCUUCCGCCCAUGACCCGACAGGAAGGCGAGGACGCCGUCCACUUCGCCAACCGGGUGAAAUCGGCCAUCGCCCGCCAGGGUGGACUGGUGGAUCUGUCCUGGGACGGAGGUUUGAAGAGGGAGAAGGUGAAGCAGUCGUAUAAAGAGGAGCAGCAGAAGAUGUACAGCAGCAUGAUUGUCGGACAGGACGGAGGGGAGAGCGGUCCGCUGGAGAUGUGCAGAGAUCUGGAGGAACCUGAUGAGGAACCUGAUGAGGAACCUGAUGAGGAACCUGCGGAGGAACCUGCGGAGGACCAUGCAGAACCUACAGACUAAAUGAUGACGCUCUGGGAUUUCAUUAAGGAUUUUUUUGUUCCGUUACUGAAGCAUCAGAUAUAAACAAUAAGCUGAUAAUGCUGGAUAUUGGGGGUGUUGGGGGUGCUGGGCGGGGUCAAAGUUGGGGCACAGUGUUCUCUUUUUUAUGGUCAUUAAUUAGGGCUGAACAAUCUAACGAUGUUAUCAUGAUAUAUUAGGUCACGACACAUUUUUUGGAGCAUCACGAGCACUUUUACUCCACAGGUCAACCAUGCUUUGAUUCUUUAAGUCUUCCUGUUUUCUAUAUGCCCAAAAGUAUUUGGACGGCCCUCUUAAUUAUUAAGUUUGGGGUAUUUUGGUCACACUGAUGUUCUCCUGUUCCAGCAUGAGUGUUCCUCGGUGCAUAAAGCCGGGUUCUAGGAGCAUUGUUGUGAUGGUUUCACCUCUUUACACACCUUGGAUGAAUUGGAACACUGACUGUAAGACAGGGCUUCUCAUCAAGUCUCGGUUGAGUGUUUUUAUUCAAAGCCGUAAGUGUUAUAUACAGUAUAGUCAGGUGUCCAGAUACUUUUGGGCGUGGAGUGUACUUUACACAGGCACCAGUGGGCCUACUUUUCAUCUAACUGGUAAAUUUGGCCGUACCAAAGCUCUAGGAGCAACAACAGCUCAGCUGUGAACCCACACAAGUUUACGGCUACCAUACUGAGUCACUAUCGAGUUCCAAACUGCUUCUGGAAGAAAGCCGCGCGAGACAUGUUUAGCAGGAAUCCCAUUGGUGCAGAGAUCCUCAUGCACGAUGCCACAUGUGGACAAGAUCGAUGUAAAGCACACCAGCGUCGGACUGUGGAGCAGCGGAUGACGAUCAUUCCUCCUCCCGGGAGUCUGAUUGGAGGAUCUGAAUCAGGUGGGUGCCUGGAUAACAUCGCCUGCCUUAACGAUGGAGAUGGAGACCGCAUACAACCACAUUCUAGUGUAGUGUUGGAAUGAAUUGGAACACAGACUGUAAAUAACGCAACCCCAACAACAUGCCAGAUCUUAUAAUCCUCGUGUCCAAACGGAAGCGAAUUCCAGCUCCUGUUCCGAAGUCUAAAUGUAACGUUUCUUAUUUUUAAAGCUGCAGAACUCUUUUUAACAGACUUCUUUCUGCAUCAUGAACGCACACCCAAAUCUGGUCAAAAGUUUUGGCACCCCGGUUAGUUUUGCUGUUACGUUAUUUUCUUGGUUCAUUAAUGUCACAGAUUUUAUUCAGAAUAGUUUGUGCUACUUUGGAUUGGUCAGAAUUCAAUAAAUAUUUUUUCAAACA